AUGAUGAACAACCUUCCGCCGCUCCCUGACCGGAGACUCUUCACCAUAUUCACCGUCGUCGCCCUCAUCGGUUUCUGCCUUAUCAUCUCUAGUUUCAUCGGCGCCGGUGAUAGCGGUCUCUUCUGUACUGAAUCCAUCUCCGACGAAUUCUAUUCCACCACCACAACACCGCUGCAACUCGACGCCAUCCUCCACUACGCCACCGCCUUAGUCGUCCCUCAACAAUCUCUCGCCGAGAUCACAAUCUCCUUCGAUGUUCUCCUCUCCAUUUCCCCCUGCAAUUUCCUCGUUUUUGGGUUAGGUCACGAUUCCCUAAUGUGGGCCUCGUUUAAUCCACAUGGCAAAACGCUAUUCCUUGAAGAAGACGCAAAGUGGGUCCUUAGCGUCCUUAAAACCGCCCCAGAUCUAAACGUCUUCACCGUCGAUUACCAGACGAAACUCUCCGACGCCGACGAUCUCCUCAAUUCGUAUCACUCCGAACCGGAAUGUUCACCAUCCAGAGCUUUUAUUCAAGGUAACACCCGGUGCAAGUUAGCAAUCACCGGUCUACCAGAUGAGGUUUACGAUACUGAAUGGGAUAUCAUCAUGAUCGACGCACCGAGGGGGUAUUACAACGAGGCGCCGGGAAGAAUGGGGGCGAUUUACUUCGCCGCCGUCAUGGCGAGGAAUCGUAAAAAACCAGGAAUAACGCAUGUGUUUUUGCAUGAUGUUGAUCGGAAAGUGGAGAAGGAAUACGCCGAGGAGUUUUUAUGCCGGAAGAAUUUGAAGAAAGGCGUCGGAAGAUUGUGGCAUUUCGAAAUACCUCCGGCGGAGAAUGUCACCGGCGGUGGCGCAAGGUUUUGCUAG